CUUCCCCUUCCCCUCCCAGCGCGCCCGCGCGCCCCGCGGCCCUCGGCGAGCAGCUCGGCUCCCCCCAGCGCUCCCCGGGCCCAAAGAUAUGGCAAUGGUAGUUAGCAGCUGGCGAGAUCCGCAGGACGACGUGGCCGGGGGCAACCCCGGCGGCCCCAACCCCGCAGCGCAGGCGGCCCGCGGCGGCGGCGGCGGCGCCGGCGAGCAGCAGCAGCAGGCGGGCUCGGGCGCGCCGCACACGCCGCAGACCCCGGGCCAGCCCGGAGCGCCCGCCACCCCCGGCACGGCAGGGGACAAGGGCCAGGGCCCGCCCGGCUCGGGCCAGAGCCAGCAGCACAUCGAGUGCGUGGUGUGCGGGGACAAGUCGAGCGGCAAGCACUACGGCCAGUUCACCUGCGAGGGCUGCAAAAGUUUCUUCAAGAGGAGCGUCCGCAGGAACUUAACUUACACAUGCCGUGCCAACAGGAACUGUCCCAUCGACCAGCACCACCGCAACCAGUGCCAAUACUGCCGCCUCAAGAAGUGCCUCAAAGUGGGCAUGAGGCGGGAAGCGGUUCAGCGAGGAAGAAUGCCUCCAACUCAACCCAAUCCAGGCCAGUACGCACUCACCAACGGGGACCCCCUCAACGGCCACUGCUACCUGUCCGGCUACAUCUCGCUGCUGCUGCGCGCGGAGCCCUACCCCACGUCGCGCUACGGCAGCCAAUGCAUGCAGCCCAACAACAUCAUGGGCAUCGAGAACAUCUGCGAGCUGGCCGCGCGCCUGCUCUUCAGCGCCGUCGAGUGGGCCCGCAACAUCCCCUUCUUCCCGGAUCUGCAGAUCACCGACCAGGUGUCCCUGCUACGCCUGACCUGGAGCGAGCUGUUCGUGCUCAACGCAGCCCAGUGCUCCAUGCCGCUGCACGUGGCGCCGCUGCUGGCCGCCGCCGGCCUGCACGCCUCGCCCAUGUCCGCCGACCGCGUCGUGGCCUUCAUGGACCACAUCCGCAUCUUCCAGGAGCAGGUGGAGAAGCUCAAGGCGUUGCACGUCGACUCGGCCGAGUACAGCUGUCUCAAAGCCAUCGUGCUGUUCACGUCAGAUGCCUGUGGCCUGUCGGACGCCGCCCACAUCGAGAGCCUGCAGGAGAAGUCGCAGUGCGCGCUGGAGGAGUACGUGAGGAGCCAGUACCCUAACCAGCCCAGCCGCUUCGGCAAACUGCUACUACGACUGCCCUCGCUGCGCACCGUAUCCUCCUCGGUCAUCGAGCAGCUCUUCUUCGUCCGUUUGGUAGGUAAAACCCCCAUCGAAACUCUCAUCCGCGAUAUGUUACUGUCUGGGAGCAGCUUCAACUGGCCUUACAUGUCUAUCCAGUGCUCCUAGACCUUGGGCGCUUCCCACCUGCCCCCACCCCCUAGAGACUCACAGGACCGGCGGGGGGCCGUGGACUCCAAUGCCGCGGGGACACCAGGCGGCCGAUGCAGGGUGCGGUGGGCCGGGCAGCGGGGAGGAGGGCCAGGGCGACAGGAGCAGCCCACCGUGCAGAAAUGCAACCCGAGCUGCAAACCAGGAGAAAAAGAGACUCUUUUUAGUGUCAGAUCUGUGGACACGUUGGAAAGGAAAGGAAAAAGA